AUGGAGGUCAACGUACCAGGGUUUAACGUGAACGCAGUAUUGCCAGAGCGAACAAAGGGCAAGAAUGUCGCGGUUGUCUCGCAGCACACGACCAACCACAACGACCCAGGCUUCCUCUCGGACGACUUCCCACGGAACCCACCGAAGCUGUAUGUGACGGCCGAGAGCGAUGACUUUGACAAUCUCACCCUUGCAGAGUGGCGAGAUGAAGGGUUUCAGGUCGAGUAUGUGCCGAUGGGCGACGGCGGGGAUGACUACGUGAGGAAGCUGGAGAGGCUGGCCAAGAAGAACCUCGGACCCUGCGAGACAUUUGGAAUUGUUGCGUAUGGCGAUGCGGCCUCGUUCUGCCUCGAGCACUAUCACAUCCUGGACAACAACGAGGGCAUGAAGCUUGGACUCCUGAUAGCAUAUUAUCCAACCAGGAUCCCAGAGCCUCAAGGCAAAUUUCCAUCCAGCAUCCAGGUUCUCGUCCACCUCGUUGGCAACGAGGUCGGCGUGGUCAAGCACAGCCAGAUGGUCGGCAUCCAGGGCAAGAGGCGCGUGGUCAAGCGGAACGUCGAUCCGGGCAUCGGUGCGGGCAGAAUCAACAAGCUGGCUUAUCCGAGCUAUACCUACUCCGCAGAGGCUGGGUUUGCGGAGCAUGAUCUCGACGAGUACGAGAGGAUCAGCGCAGAGCUGGCCUGGAGCAGAAGCCUUACGGCGGCGAGGAAGGCUUUCCAUCGGUAUAUCAACAUGGAGUUGACACUCGAUGAGAACAUCCAAAGCAAGUUCUUCACCCGCAACACACAGAACGUCAUGUCUAGCUACACCACGCACAAGACACCCCACGUCACCUACCUGCCCACCCUCACAGGCGGCGUCGGCGCGGCCGAGCUCGAGCGCUUCUACAGCGACUACUUUCUCAGCGCCAACCCGCCCUCCACGAGGCUUCGCCUGAUCUCGCGGACCAUCGGCGCCGACCGCCUGGUGGACGAGGUCCACAUGAGCUUCAAGCACACGCAGGAGAUGCCGUGGAUCCUGCCGGGCGUGCCCCCGACGGGAAAGCGCGUCGAGGUUCUCGUCGUCAGCAUCGUGACCGUGCGCGGCGGGAAGCUCUACAGCGAGCACGUGUACUGGGACCAGGCGAGCGUGCUGGUCCAGACGGGGCUGCUCGACCCGAAGCUGGUGCCGGACAAGGCGAAGACCAAGUGGGGGGUGGAGGAACUGCCUGUGGUGGGAAGGGACGCGGCGCGGAGGGUGCUGCGGGGGAUGGAAGAUGUGGAAGAUGGGGAGGCGGAUAAUGAGCUGAUACCUGGGUGGUAUGAGGACGAAGAUGAAGAGUCGGGUGAUGAUAAUGAUGAUGAUGAUGACCAACCUGUCGCUGAGAAGAAAUCACAGAGCUCAGAGGUUGAGAAGCCUGCGCCUGACAAGAAAGAAACUGAAGGGGAACAAGCUUGAAGCACAUAAGUCCAAUGUGGUCAUUUACCGCUGUCUGGUGCAGAACAAAUGAGCUCCAGUCUCGAGAUUGUACAGAAAUGCGGUGAAGAAGGCGAGAAAAUUGAAAAAUCAAUCAGCUUGCGCACUUCGGUACUUCCACGCGAUCCAAAAUUAGUGACAAUUAUGGAUGCAGCAGUGAACUUCACAGUCACGAGAUGACAGCCAAGUGACCAGCAGACCACAGAAAAAUACAAGGGAG